AUGCCUCACUCAUUUGGUCUCCGCGCUCGUACUCGUCACUUGUUCUCCCGUAACUUCAAGGAGCACGGUCCAAUCCGCCUUGAGACCUACCUCACCCCAUACAAGGUCGGUGACAUUGUCGACAUCAAGGCCAACCCAGGUGAGCAACGCGGUAUGCCACACAAGUUCUACCACGGUCGCACCGGUAUCGUCUUCAACGUCGCUCCACGCGCCGUCGGUGUCAUCGUCUACAAGGUCGUCCGUUCACGCUACAUUGAGAAGCGUGUCAACAUCCGUAUUGAACACGUCAAGCACUCAAAGUGCCGUGAGGAAUUCCUUAGACGCGUAAAGGACAACAGAAAGGCUCUCACUGACGCAAAGGCAAAGGGUGAACGUGUUAACCUCAAGCGUCAACCAGCUCAACCACGUCAAGGUCACAUUCUCAAGUCAAAGACAACCCCAGAGACCAUCGCACCAAUCGCUUACGACACUUACAUUUAA